AUGGUCAAAAGAACGGAGAAAGUCAAACUGCAGACAGGCCUGCAGAAGCUGCAGAGUUAUCGCAGUAACCUGGAGUCUUUCAAAGCCAACCUGGAGAACAAAGCCUCUGGAAUGGCCGAGAAGCUGGAAGCAUCUUUCAAAGCCAACCUAGAGAACAAAGCCUCUGGAUUGGUCGAGGAGCUGGAAGCAUCGGGACUGCAAGUGGAGACCCUAAAACAGGAGGAGUCCCGGCUCCAACACAUCUUGUCCACCCAGAAGUUCACUCCCGCAGACAUUGAGAGGAUCAACUGGGAGAAGAGGGAGCUGCAGCAGACCAUCAACAGCCUGAGCAAGAGCCUGGAGCAGGCCGAGCAGCACAUGUGGAAUGAGGAGAUCGCUCUGGCCAAGGCCAAGGAGACGGCCGAAGUGAAGCUGGCCGAGUACCACAAGCUUGCCCGCAAACUGAAGCUCAUCCCUGUGUCUGCCGAAAACGCGUGCGGCCACGACUUUGAGAUCAGGCCCUCCACAGAAUACGGACCGUCCACCAUGGUUCAAUGCAGAACACAGAUUCAACAACUACUGAGGAAACUGAUCACUGAUGUGGACGAGGAGUGUAGUCGACUGACAGACAUGAAACUAAGCCUGGAGGAGUCCAUAGAACAGGUGAAUUCCAAUAUUUCAGAUAAAGCGAAUGACUUGAAACACCUGAGAGAGCAAAUCCGUAGGCUCGACGAGCAGCUCGAACAAGACAUGCAGGACAUUGCCCAUGAGGAGCAGAAGUGGUCUGCUGAGAUGGAGUCUGUGGAGACCCACCGCAAGCUGCUGGAGAAGAAGGUGACCCUGGGCUAUGACGAGUCUGUGGAGCAGCUGAAAGCUGCACAGCAACAGUACCAUCUUGUCCUGCAAGAAACCAAUGAGGAGUGGCGGACUGUGGUUAACAACCUUGCCAGUGUGUUAACCACGGCUGCCAACCACCUGUCCAUUGUAGAGAAAUUCUUAGAGGAUCAACACAAGCGAGUAGACAGGGUGUACACGGACGCCUUCCGGGAGGACGAGGUGGACAUUCAGAAGAUGAAGGACAUUAUGGAGGGCUUCAUCGCUAAAGUAAACAGCAUGUAGUUCCGUGCUUCACUAUAAAAGCUGACAUGAGCUCUAACUCUUUACCUGGUUAUUCCAUUCAGUCCAUUGGAACCAUCCCAGCGGGCAAAACAUGGUUUA